GGUUGGGGGGUGGCGCGGACAAAGGGACCCGCUCACCACCCCCACCGGCCUCGGCGCGCUCCGGGCUCCCAUCUCACAUCUGGAAUUCAUUGCAGCUACCGCCGGAAAGGGGCGGGGAGGAGGGCGGGGCGAGUAGGGGCGGAGGCAGUGCCUCUCCCCGCCCCCCGCUUCAUCCAGGUCCCAAGCCCCGGGACGCAGCCGAGCCCGGCGGGCAGCCCCAGCCCCAGCCGCGGCCGUCCCGGGGACGGAGACGCCAAAGCCCCUCCGGCCAGGGCAGGGACCCGGGCCCGCCUAACCAGCUCUGACAGCUCCAUGGCCUCGGCUGGCCACUGAGCCCCACCAUGGGCAACCUGUACUCGGAGUACCUAAGCACCACCAAGGUUGAGGAGCACUACAAUUACACCAAGGAGACACUCGUCACACAGGAGACAGUCUCCCGGCAGGUGGCCUCAGCCCUCAUCAUCAUCCUGUGCUGUGCCAUAGUGGUAGAGAACCUGCUGGUGCUCAUCGCAGUCGCCCGAAACAGCAAGUUCCACUCAGCCAUGUACCUGUUCCUGGGCAACCUGGCCGCCUCGGACUUGCUGGCAGGCGUGGCCUUUAUAGCCAAUACCUUGCUCUCAGGCUCUGUCACGCCGCAUCUGACACCUGUACAGUGGUUUGCCCGUGAGGGCUCAGCUUUCAUCACACUCUCCGCCUCUGUCUUUAGCCUCCUGGCCAUCGCCAUUGAGCGGCAUGUGGCCAUUGCCAAGGUCAAGCUCUACGGCAGUGACAAGAGCUGUCGCAUGCUGCUGCUCAUUGGGGCCUCAUGGCUCAUCUCGCUGGUUCUGGGUGGCCUGCCCAUCCUUGGCUGGAACUGCCUGGGCCACCUAGAGACCUGCUCCACCGUUCUGCCACUCUACGCCAAGCACUACGUGCUCUGUGUGGUAACCAUCUUCUCUGUCAUCUUAUUGGCCAUCGUAGCUCUGUAUGUCCGCAUCUACUGCGUGGUCCGCUCCAGUCAUGCCGAUGUGGCCGGCCCACAGACACUGGCCCUGCUCAAGACGGUCACCAUCGUACUAGGUGUCUUCAUUGUUUGCUGGCUGCCUGCUUUUAGCAUCCUCCUCCUGGACUAUGCCUGUCCUGUGCACUCCUGCCCUAUCCUCUACAAGGCCCAUUACUUUUUUGCCUUCGCAACCCUCAACUCGCUGCUCAACCCUGUCAUCUACACGUGGCGCAGCCGGGACCUUCGGUGGGAGGUACUGCGGCCGCUGCAGUGCUGCCGGAGGGCGGCAGGGGUGCAAGGACGGCGGGUUGGGGCUCCAGGCCACCGCCUCCUGCCCCUCCGUAGCUAUAGCUCACUGGAGAGGGGCACCCACAUGUCCACGUCACCCACAGUUCUGGAGGGCAACACAGUGGUUUGAGGGACAAAUGGGCUGACAACCAGGCCAUGGCAGAGGGCACCGCGGACAGGUGCUGGGUGACUUCAGAUAGAGAUGUGGGACUGCCAAGCAAGACGGCCACCUUAACAGACCUGGGUUGAUAUUGAAAAUCUUUCAUACCUGGGAUGGCCAGUUGAGGCACUGACCAGUUGGAAGGCAGAGCUGCAGGAGGGUCCUGGAGGCCAGUGCAGUGACUGGCAUAACCCCUUCAGAACUGGACUGUGAGGAGGUCCUGGAGACCUGGAAAGGACCCAGGUAACAGCAGGCAGGCACUCAAGCAGAGCUCAGGGCAGGAGCAAUUUACAACGUGGUACAAAGGAUUUUAUUGCAUGACUGACCUCCACCCUGUGCCAGACUCUUCUCUGAAUUCACCCCCCUUGUCAUCUUGUCCUGGCAACUUCAGGCCACUUUCUUGGAACUGCUGUCCUGAGGGGCUGGAGGCCUCCUCCCUGACCAUCAGGGCAGCCCCAGUUAACAGCUCCCUGGGCACAAAUCCACAGCUUCCCCAAAUUUCACCAGCUGACACUUUGGCCACUUCUUCCCUUUCCUCUUACUCCACGAGAUGCCAGGAAACCAUGGGCUGGAGGGGGAGGGGGCUCAACCCCAUUUUCAGACCUCAUGGGCCAGCCGCACUGUUUGGGGCACAGAGAAAUCACCAAGGGCUAGAAAAACCUGGCUGGGGCUGGGGCAGCAAGGCACCCAGGAGGCCUCUGGGUCUCUCAAGGACACAGGGUGGAACUUGAGAAAGUCUGGCAGAGCUCUUAGCCAAGGACCCUUCCACCUCCAAAAAACAACCACCCACAGUCUACUUCCUCCUCCAGCUCCAGCUGAGGUGCCAGAUCUCCUAAGGCAGGGCAGCCUUGAGCCCGCUGUACCUCCUUUCAAGGUGUAUUGGACGGAGCAGGGAGUGGAGGUGCUGAGGACAUUUGUAGGGGCUCUUCCCUAACCUGCCCCAUAAGGACUUUGCUAAAUCCUGUGGAUAGAUAGAAGAAUCACUGCGGUACAAACAUAUAUUUAUGUGUGUCUAUCAGUGUCUGUGUGUGUCUCUGUGUUGGUAUAUGUGAUGCCUGCGACCCCCUGUCCCCACCAUGUUUCCCCAGAAUGGAUGCUGUUCUGUCUCCUUAUGUCUGUGUUGAAGCUGCCAAAGAGGGGCCUGGCUCCAGACAGACCCCUUCAUAAUCUCUGGCUCGUUUCCCCACUUGAGAGCUGGGCUGCAGCUCACCUUGGGGAAGGGAGCAUUAUGCCUCAAAAUGAUUUUUUUGUGAAUGCAAAGGCUGGGAGGGUCUUUGGUGGGGGCCAGGAGCCAGUUGGGGGCUUGGCUCCCCUCAUUCAACUCCCCAGAUGUCCCUCCAAUGUCUGAGACAAGACCCAGGCCAAUAAACGGUUCAAUUUCUCUUUC